AUGCUAUCUUUAUCUUCUUCCCCCUCCAAUCCUCCUCCACCACUCCCAAGCAGUCCCUCAAUCUUCGUGAUUCCACCACCACCUGCCCCGACGCCGCACACUCACACCAAUCGGUACUGGGAGAAUAACAAGACCUUUCGGACUCCUGAUGAGAUUGAUACUUCCAAGCCUAAAUUCUAUGUUCUCGACAUGUUUCCUUAUCCCAGUGGGGCUGGUCUGCAUGUUGGCCAUCCUCUUGGAUAUACUGCCACAGAUAUCCUUGCUAGACUUAAACGGAUGCAGGGUUUCAAUGUGCUACACCCAAUGGGAUGGGAUGCUUUUGGUUUGCCUGCAGAGCAGUACGCAAUUGAGACAGGAACGCAUCCGAAGAUCACAACAAUCAGAAACAUCAACCGGUUCCGCACCCAGCUUAAAUUAUUAGGCUUCUCAUAUGAUUGGGAUCGGGAAAUUUCUACAACAGAACCUGAAUAUUAUAAAUGGACACAAUGGAUAUUUUUGCAGCUUUUGAAGCAGGGAUUGGCGUAUCAGGCUGAAGUUCCAGUCAACUGGUGCCCUGCACUUGGUACUGUCUUGGCAAAUGAAGAAGUGAUAGAUGGUGUGAGCGAGCGUGGGGGACAUCCUGUGAUAAGAAAACCUAUGCGGCAAUGGAUGCUGAAGAUUACUGCAUAUGCUGACCGUCUUCUUGAAGAUUUAGAUGAUCUUGACUGGCCCGAAAGUGUUAAAGAAAUGCAAAGAAACUGGAUAGGAAGGUCAGAAGGAGCAGAAUUGGAAUUCUGUCUUGUGGACACCAGUGGUCUGAAAAGAGAGAGUAAAAUUACUGUUUAUACCACUCGGCCAGAUACCAUUUUUGGGGCUACCUACUUAGUGGUGGCACCUGAACAUGUUUUGUUGUCUUCAAUUGUAUCUGAUGCCCAAAGGAAACAAGUGGAAGAGUACAAAGAAAUCGCCUCUAGAAAGAGUGAUCUUGAGAGGACGGAACUCCAAAAAGAAAAAACUGGGGUAUUUACUGGUUGCUAUGCAAGAAAUGCUGCUAAUGGGAAGGAUAUUCCAAUUUGGGUUGCUGAUUAUGUUUUGGGAAGCUAUGGGACAGGAGCAAUAAUGGCUGUGCCUGCACAUGACACACGCGACCAUGAGUUCGCUUUGAAGUAUAGCAUUCCGAUAUGUGGAGUUGUGACACCAGAUAAUGCAAAUUUCAGCUAUUUUGAGGAAGCUUAUUCUGGUGAAGGUAAAGUGAUAAAUUCAUCUAGUUCAGUAUCCGGGCUUGACAUUAAUGGCCUAUCUAGCAAAGAAGCUGCUUUGAGAGUCAUUGAAUGGCUUGAAAAGACUAAAAAUGGGAUUAAAAAGGUGAAUUAUAAGUUGAGGGACUGGCUAUUUGCUCGACAACGUUACUGGGGAGAACCUAUUCCAGUCAUUUUUGUAGACGAUACUGGUGAAGGUAUUCCCAUUCCUGAUGUUGAACUGCCUCUUACCCUUCCUGAGUUGGAUGAAUUUACUCCCACAGGAACAGGGGAACCGCCACUUUCAAAAGCACUGUCUUGGGUGAAAACAAUUGAUCCAGUAUCUGGGAAACCUGCCAGACGUGAGACCAACACCAUGCCACAAUGGGCUGGCUCUUGCUGGUACUAUCUGAGAUUUAUGGACCCUAAGAAUUCCAAAGAAUUGGUGGGCAGGGAAAAAGAAAGGUAUUGGAGCCCAGUUGAUGUGUAUGUUGGUGGUGCUGAACAUGCUGUACUUCAUUUACUCUAUGCUAGAUUCUGGCACAAGGUUCUUUAUGAUAUUGGUGUUGUGUCGACAAAGGAACCCUUUAACUGUGUCAUAAACCAGGGAAUUAUCCUUGGGGAGGUUCAAUAUAUGGCAUACCAAGAUCCAGAUGGAUAUUUAGUCUCAGCUGAUUCUGUUGAUGCGACAAUUGAAUAUAGUCAAGAAAGAAUAGCCGAGGAGAAUGUCAUGAAAUCUGGUGAUUCUUUUGUGCUAAAAGACAAUCCCAAUAUUCGCUUGAUCGCCCGAGCUCACAAGAUGAGUAAAAGUCGGGGCAAUGUAAUAAAUCCUGACGACGUUGUUUUGGAGUAUGGUGCAGAUUCUCUUCGUUUAUAUGAAAUGUUUAUGGGCCCAUUUCGAGACUCCAAAACCUGGAGUACUAGUGGUAUUGAAGGUGUUCAUCGUUUUUUGGCAAGAGUGUGGAGAUUGAUUGUCGGUUCACCUUCCCCUGACGGUAAAUUUAAAGAUGGAACGGUCAACCUUGAUGGGGAACCUUCAAUGGAACAACUUCGAUGUCUUCAUAGAUGCAUUGACAAGGUGACCGAGGAAAUUGAAGGAACACGGUUCAAUACUGGAAUUUCUGCAAUGAUGGAGUUCAUCAAUGCUGCAUAUAAGUGGGACAAGCUUCCGAAGUUAAUUGUUGAAACAUUUGUCUUAUUGCUCUCACCCUAUGCACCUCAUGUGGCCGAAGAGCUCUGGUCCCGUUUGGGACACCCAAUAUCACUGGCAUACGAGCCUUUCCCGAAGGCAAAUCCUGCUUACUUAAAGGAGUCCACGGUGGUUUUACCUGUCCAGAUAAAUGGCAAGACAAGAGGUACCAUACAGGUUGAAGACGCAUGCACCGAGGAAGAUGCUUUCCGACUAGCUUCACUCGAUUCAAAACUGUCCAAGUUUUUGGCUGGUAAAAGCAUUAAAAAGCGCAUAUAUGUGGCCGGUAAAAUUCUAAAUGUUAUCUUGGAUGCGCAAAACGUCAAGGUGGGUCAGCAGUAG